CUAUCACGCUCUCGUCGUGACCGGUUGUUGCGUCGUGCAAGGAGAGUCGUCCGACGAAGCGGACGAGGUCGUGGUUUGCUGGGUUCUGAUGGUCCUCAGCCUCUGAGUAUAGCACCUGGUGGAGAGGUUACACCGGUUUCACCGACAGCAGCGCUACCACCAGCAGCAGCGCUACCACCAACAGCAGCGUUACCACCAACAGCAACGUCAUCGACAACAGAUAAUGCGUCGCCAACGAGUGGGCUCAGAGAUGAAGACUCAUUGUUCAGAGUUCGUUGUCCUAGCUGCAGAGUGGAGAGUAGCGCGAUUUUGCGUAGCUUUACGGAUGUCGCAGAGUUGUCUAGCGAAGUCGGAGAAAGUGGCGGCAUAGUAGUUUUCUACAGCGGCGGUUGGGGUGGUGAGGGUGGUAGUGAUGCAAGAACGUCAGAUGCUAACACUGCAGAAAACCGUAGUCCAGGUAGUACAGGAGGAGGUGAUGGAAGGGGAUCUCAGAGGAGAGAUAUCCAACGACUACAUGAACUUGUUCUGCAGCUGGAGAGUACUGACGACAGUGAUACUGCUGGUGGUGCAGGAGAGGGCCAGAGAAGACGAGGCGGGCGAGGAAGAAGGUCAUCAGGUACGACGAGACGUACGAGAAACAUAGCAGGAGUCGAUGGAGAAGAGAAUGGUGAUGCUAGGACUGGCACACUACAGCAACGACAGCACUACAAUAGUGAAGACAAUGCUGGGAUGAGAGCUUUGCGUAAUCGUCAGUUACGUCGCCGCAUGCGACGCAGUUUGCGUGAGAAGUUAGACGCCUUUUUGCAUUUCUGGAGGUGGUGUGGGCGUGGCUGUGUCCCACAGGAAGCUUCUUCCUCCACACUGUGGCUCCGUUGUGGAUCCAACUGCCGGCAACUAAAGUCAAACUGCUUAGCUUAUCACACAGCACACAACGGUCGACCGGAAUGGCAUUUGUGCGUCAACACUUGCUGCUGCUUUGGGCGGCUUGGGCAAAAUUUGCUUUUGUAUCACCCUAGCGAAUUUCGAGGAGCUGAUGAGGACGAUAGUGAUAUGGGCAACAGACCUAGACCAAGUCCAAGUGCCGCUUGUUGUGUCGACACGUAUGGCCGAGUAUGUGGCUGCGCUUGGUGUUAAGGCUGUAGCUAAUUCACUCUUGCCUGCAUGCUUGAAACGUAUGGGCGGAGAGUAUCACAAGGGAGUACUCUGCCAAAUUUUUCAAGGAUGCAGCUGAAAGAUGAACCGCGGAUAGCUCUAAUGGUGCGGCCUGAGACCCGGCAGUGAUGAACACUAUGCCCUCAGUAUGACAUGGUUAUGCGGAGGCCUCAUGUGCAGCCUUGUUUCCUUCAUUUGCUGUUGUGAAGCCUUGCCUGGCGGUGAAGCUUUUGCAACUAUAGAGGCCUGUAGAUCGCAUCUCGAGGUGGGUUCAGGAGGUGGAGGGACUGUCUCAUCAGGUAAUUGUUAAGGCUCCUCGCUGGCUUGAUUUUGCAAGAGGUCCACCUUUUUCUGUAGCAUAGAGAAGAGAGAGUAGUUCGAUCGGAGUAGUUCCAUCGGAAGAACAUCAUAGAGAUGAGAGUUUUUUUACACCUUUAACCUUUCCCUGGAGGAACCACGCAGGUCGUGCUGCCGCAUGGAAGCGGUCUAUGGCAUCGCGUGCCUAUCUGUAACUGGGCGCUAGCCCUCGCUUGGUGCGACCCGGCUUUGGAGCCUAUGUUAAGGUUGCAGUCGACCCAUCUCUUCCGCCCUCCUUUAGACGGUUUCUACUUUGAAGCAAUUGAAAGUAGAUGUUCUCGGAGAUGGGUUCUUCGUACCUCUAACUAUGCCUUCGACUGACGAGGUGAUAGCAGCUUUGGCAGAAGGUGGGGCUGCUAGUGGAGCUGCGCCAGAUGCUAGUGGUCUUCAUGCGCAUAAUAUGCCUACAUUAGAACCCCGUCUGCCUACUGAAGCGAUGAUGCUUGACGGUCUUAGCUCAGGUUUUUGCGGGUGUGAUUCUCAAUCUCUCCUCACAGCUGCUCACCAUCUGAGGACAGCUGCAAUCGCGCGCUAUGCCCUAGCUGCGGUAGGGUGUGCUCGAGCUGGCUGCUGCGUUUUCGGAUCACUUAUCGCCGUUUUGGCCGCUGAGCAAGCAGCGAGAAGUGUCCGUGAAGCAGCAUCGUCCAACUACGGUCCUCGCGGAAAUAUGGCGCGUGUAGCCGCAGCUGCGAGACGGCGCAGACGGCAACAGGCGGAAGCAAGACUACAGGACCAUGCUCAGCAAGUUCCAGUACAACCGGUAGUGCAACAAGUUGAGCAGGCCCCAACACAAGUAGAGAUGACGAACACCACCAGGGGCCCCCAAGUGGAGAUGAUGACGACUACUCCUACAACUCAUGCACGUAGUACUGAUGUGCAUGCACCUUCGACUAGUCUCUUGACGACGCAAGGACGAGUCGUGGAAAGACAAACGGAAGCGGCUACUCCGGCAGAUGUGGACGCUUCUUCGUCAGCUACUAGAUCCUCCGCGUAUGCCGGAACAAGCACAACUCAAGAAGCUUCUCCUACGCUACGCGAACCUCUGUUGGCGCCUAUCUAGAAAGUUUCUUCAGCUCUUCUAUCACGAUGAUGUAUCAAUGUCACCCUUUGUGUACCGGAUUCCCGAUCUGAGAACGCCUCUUAUCCCGAAAAAAUUUUGUUUACCCCCCUCCGUCCCACUUGGGGUCCCCGCUGUUGCACCCACGGCCACUUGUUAUUCUUGGUACGCUGCCGCAGAUUUAGUGAAUGCACCUAGAGUUGGUAUUGUGCAUUACUCUCUCUAGUAGUUGCAGUUUUGAAUAAAGUUUUGAUGACUUUGUCUACAUUGUUCUAGAUAUCUUAAGACUUGACAUUCGAUUUCGACAUAGAUACAUGAAUUGCGUAGAAGUUCUUGUAUCUACCUAUGGAACUUUUUGUUCUGCGAAAUAGAAACAUAGAGAGUUGUAGAAGCAUUAUGGGAAUCCAUUGAUGAGGAGUUUCAGACGACAGCUGCUUGAAUCAGAUGACUGACACUUUUUGAGUACUGUAAUAUUUGAUGAUCUUGCGUAGUUUCCAGAAUGGCCAGUUAAGUCUUCUACCGAUUUGUCUGUUCUAUAUGCUUUCCUACAACUACAAGUAGUUUGGUGGGAGUCCUAUGCAGCUGAAAAACGCGAUGCUAUGUUUGUCGAAUGUAUUGCGUCGAACUCAUCGCUUCCUUGCUGCCGUGUGAGGUGUAUUUCGCCGCUUUUCACGGAGAAACAGAACUCAAUCACGAAACAGAUGCUUCAGACAGCUGUCGUUCCAC